AACUGCUAAUUUAAUUCUGUCAAAUUAGCUAGCUAGUUUAUAAACACUCUAAAGACCAUUUCUCUAAAAGUUUGUAGUUGCAUAGCAUUUGUACAUAGCUGAUCUAGCCAAGUUGCAAUUUACAGCUGAGAUUUGCAACUGCCACGGCCUUAAAUUGAGCUCUGAAAGAUAUGAACACUGAAACUAUAUUGGCACUUUACAUGAUUCCUAAUAGGCUUUAAAUUCCCGAUCAUCAACAAGCAACAGCAUGUCGUCAAGACCUAGAGUACCUAAGCUGCGUAUACCAGGGCAAAGAUCUUCACUGUCUGACUACGAGUCUGACAAUGAUGAACUGAACAAGACUCUUCCUCACAACUUCAAGUUUGGUCAGCACCUAACAGCCCCGCCCACUAUGCAGUCCUCAUCCCUCCGCUCCUCCCCCAUACGCUCCAUGGCUAGUUCCUCACGAAGUCCCCGGACCACCUCCAUACAGAGGAGGCAACCAGUGGCAGCCAACUCACGUCCUAGCCCCUCCCGUUUCAAGAAUAAGGAGCGAUGUCAUCAUCUCAACAAGUCUGAUCCAGCCAUCGCUAGAAACUGUCUCCUGAGCCCAGAGGACAGCUUUGAGGAGGACUACACGUACCAACAUGACAGCCUGGCGAGGAGAGAGGGGCUGAAGCUGCCGGCACGAGCUCAAUCCCUCAACUAUCCCAAGUCCCCCCAGUCUCCGAGGAUCGCCUCCCCCUCUCCAGGGGAAUUCCCCAGCAUAGCCAGUCCCAGGAAUUGGCAUCCUAUCAAUCCAAACUUCAUGAGAUUUGCAGAUGGGCGAAGAUCGGACAUGGGCGAGCGUGGCAGGAGGUGGUCUGUCGUUUCUGUGGCUUCAUCCGGUUACAAGACGGAAGCCACUGACUCUCCAAUCUCCCUCUCCUCCUACCCCUCACAUGAACAAAUUCAUCAGCUACCGACCACACCCACAAUGGACGAUUUCAACAUAUUUGUGCGUCACUUUCGCUCAGACUCUGACGGCAGUGUUGUCAUCACAGACGAUAACGGUCAACCCAUCGAUAUCAUACGCCCACGUCCCAGGGCACGAAGUCUCAGUCCAGAGAGGUCACCUCGGGAGAUAUUGUUGGACCUGGACGCCACUCACAAUAUAUUCAAGGACAAGUUCCCUCGGGCCAAGGAGGAGAUGGAAGAGAAGCUACAGGACUUCCUGACCAAAUACUCUGAGUCUAAAUAUGAACUUGCUGACUCCACCCUCAACUUUGGACGUCACAAGAUUCUCGAAUGUGCUCGUGAGAUAUGUGAGAAGUCACGUGACGGAAUCAUCACCAAAGACUCCAUUAUUCAGAUGUCCGAUGAUCUCCAGCUAGUGCUCAGAGAUGUCAAGGAUCGCACUGGCAAUCGUCCUGAGUGUCUGGAACAUUUGGUCAGAAAACUACUCAUAAUCGUGGGAAGAAUUGCACGACUACUUGAGAUUAUGCAGUUUGACCCUGAGGAUUUCAGUAGUACGAUAGCGGACAGCAGUUUGGACAAGCCCACGAGGCUCAUGUUCAUGAGCUCCUCCCACAUGCCCUACAUCCUCAACCGCCUCUCCACAUCCCUCACCAGUCAGGAAGAGGGAGACACUGAAGAUGGUGAGGGUGGCCAGAUGCGAGGGAAGAGAACAACGUCGGUGGACUGGAAACCUGCUGAACCAGCUAAACAACAUUCAAGGGACGACUUCAACGUUAUCAAGCCCAUCAGUAACGGGGCAUACGGUGCUGUGUAUCUGGUGAGACACAGGGAGACUGGAACACGGUUUGCCAUGAAGAAGGUUAGCAAACACCGCACAGCCAUGAAGAAACAAGUCCAGCAAGUCUUCUAUGAGAGAGACAUACUCAGCUUUGCAGAGAACCCCUUCGUAGUGGGGCUCUGGUGCACCUUCCAAGAUAAGAGCUACCUGUACAUGGUGAUGGAAUAUGUGGAGGGUGGGGACGUCGGCACUCUACUCAAGAAUAUCAGCUGCCUUCCCGUUGACUUGGCAACCAUGUAUUUUGCUGAGACGGUACUGGCACUUGAGUACAUACAUAGCUAUGGUGUCAUACACAGGGACCUCAAGCCAGACAAUCUUCUGAUCACCUCUGAAGGCCAUAUAAAAUUAACGGAUUUUGGACUCUCAAAAAUUGGCCUUGUCAACUACACGGCUCAUGUGAUUGAGGAUGCCUGGACACGAGACCGUCAGUUUAAAGAUGCAGAAGUGUACGGCACACCUGACUAUAUAGCCCCUGAGGUGAUCCUGGGCCAGGCCUAUGGGUUUGCUGUGGACUGGUGGUCAAUGGGGGUCAUUCUGUACGAGAUGAUGAUAGGAACCACACCAUUCUGGAGCACCACUGUACAAGAGCUCUUUGAGGAGAUCACUGACGAGAACCUGGUCAUCAACUGGCCUGAUGCAGAGGAUGAUGACAUACCUCCUGAGGGCAAGGACAUAGUAGAGCAGCUGCUCUGUCACGAUCCCUACUCACGCCUGGGUUCAUCCACUCGUGGAGGUGUGGAUGUGGUCAAGGAACACCCUUUCUUUGAUGACCUAGACUGGAGAAACCUUCUCCUACGCAAGUCAGAGUUUAUCCCCAGUCUCUCUGGGGAAGACGACACUAGCUACUUCGAUCCACGUACGGAUCGCUACUCCCACGACUUUGCCAGUGAUGAAGAGGAUGGUCCGGGCGACGAAGACCUUCAAGAAGAGUUCAAAAACUUUGGCACCACGACACCACGGUUUUCUCACCUCUUGGACCAACUGAGCUUUGAAGAUAUCUCCAAUCCGCCCACUCCUUCUAGUGGUCCUCAGAGCAUUGCAUCCAAGAUCAUAUUGGAACCAAAUCAUGAGAAAAGAGAUUCUGGGAUAUCUGGAAUUGAAGAUCCUGCAGUGAAGAUAUUGGACGAUGAUGGAGAUGAUGCAGUGACAGUGCUGCGUCAUGAUAGUGCAGAGAGUGUGCACACUGUGGAGGAUAAGGACGAGGAGGCAACUGAUGAUGAUAAUGAUGAUGGUGUUAUCACACAUAUUGAUGAGGUAUCAGAAGAUGAGUCAAACUUGCAGCCCACCCCCACUGGGACCAUCACUCCUCACACACCCCCCACUUCCUCCACAAUGAUCACACCCCCACGUCACGAGAGCCUCUCCCCAUUCUCAGCUAGUAUGGGACAGAAGAAUGUUCGUGUGGAGGGAUCUAGCAAGUUGUCUGUGACCACCUUGUCAGACCUGGACAUCAUGGUCUCCCCUCCCACUCCAGGAGGGAUAGCGGACACGUCCUCAGGCAGUAGUAUACUGGAGUCACUGAGCCCCAUUGGCAGUCCUCGUAGCUCAAUGGUGUCCAACCCCAUCACUAUCAAGAGAGGAUCUAACGGGUUUGGUAUCAUCUUCAAGGCUGUGAGGGUCUACCUUGGAGAGUCCAAUGAUUACAGAAUGCACCAUAUUGUCGAGAGUGUUGAUAAGAAAUCUCCUGCUUGGGAGGCGGGCAUACGAAAGGAUCAGCUGAUCACACACAUCAACGGAGUGGCCAUCAUUGGACUACAACAUGUACAAGUCAUCUCGUUAAUGGUGGACAAGAAGAACACAGUGAUCACCAUCAGUACCAUCCCCCUUGAGCAGACAAGCAUUCAGAAGGAUAAGAAGAAACGCUCCCCUUCUCUUGGACAUCGUAUUGGGAAGAUGCUGCGUCAUCGCUCCAGUAGUGGACGCCUUAAGAGCAAGAAACAAUCGUUCUUUAAAAGACUGAGUCGUAACAAGAGUGGGCGUGGCCUGGACAGCCCCGGGCACUCUUCUAGUGGCACACCCUCCCCCAAACACCCGUCCUCUCCCCAUCGCUCUGACUCAUUCAAACAGAGACUAGCUAAAGUGAUGGGUGGUGGUACUAGCAGGAGGAGUAGACACACGCCCAUGUCUCCUCUAGCUAGGAGUACCUCCCCAGUGGGUCUAGGACACAACCCUCCGUCCAGUUGCUCCCCUCCUGGCUCUAUGUCUAACGUCAGCAAUUCCACACCUCCUAAUUCACCGACCAAUCCAAAUAACCGACGCCCGGAGAGGCACAGUAUGUUUGUUGAUUCUCAGCUGUUAGUUCACCAGAAGAGCUUCAGUGGAGACAAGAAGAGCUCGCCACACACGUCCCCUCUACUCACUCGAGCCAUGUCACCGUCAGGUCGGAACAAACCCAAGCGCUCCAUCACACUUCCUCGUGAAGGUGGCAGAGAAGUCAAGCAUCACAAGAAAACGUCAAAGUCUAAAUCGGUUCAUUUAUCCACUCCUGAAAGAACUGAAGAAGCAGAUGAAGGGUUGACUAACUUUUGAAAACAUUGUGACUUUUUUUGUUCAAAUUUGCAAUCUCCUCUAUAUUAUACUGUGGUGUAGUGCACAUGCUAUACACAUGUACUUCAUUCCUUGUAUGUUUCUUCAUCCCACACCACACGCGUAUAUCAUGUUCUAUCGUGCACUUUGCACUGCUUAUAAUUGUAAGUCAUAUUUGUCUAAAGAAGUAUAAUUAUCAUAAAAUAAUUAUUCAGUAAAAUACGGCAUGUCAUGAAUAAUAAACAAUAUUUAACUAUUCUAUUACUACAACAGUCGUGAGUUUAUUAUUAGUGUACAGGAGUCUCUUGUGGAGUAGCCUGGUUACUAGUCUUUGUCUUGUCGUUGCCUGCCUCCUCAGAUGGUAGUCCCCAGUAAUGGACGUUGUACCUCACUGGCCUCAACACGGUGCGAGGACCCAGCCAGGUGUACUGCAGUUGUGGUUCCCAUGACAGCACAGUAUGGGACCGAAUCACAGGAGUAUCUUUUGAUUUCACUGUUGUCUCAUCGUCUGACUUUGAUUUGACUUCAUCUCCAUCUGAUGACUUGGUUUGGUCCACUUUUGAUUUGACUUCCUCCUCGUCUGAUGACUUGGUUUCAUUCACCUUAGCUUCAGCCUCUCUGUCCUCAGGGCACGCAGUGUGAGGGCACUCGCUACCCUCAGGGCACACAGUGUCGC